ACGGCUGCGCGACACCACCAAUGCUGGUUUGUUUUCAAGCCCAAGCACAAGUAAAACUGUGUUAGCUCUAUACUCUCAUGAGCUCAGAACCUUGGCUAUGGCACAUCUGAAUACUGCUUUCAGAAUCUGCGCAGCUCUUCUGGUGAUUUUUAUGCUGAAAGAUUCUGCUGAUGCCAAGAAAGUAGUGGACAUCGAUAAGAAGGUCAACGACUUCAUUAAGAAACUGGAAAGACAACACAACACCAAGGCUCUGUGGUGGGACAUGUACGGCAAGUCGGGAAGGCCCCUUCGCAGAGAAGGAGACAACGAAAAGUACCAGGUGUGGGCCAAGGCUGAUCCAAUGCACUACGGCGAGCGAUUGAACAGCAGCAAGAAAGAGGUCUCCGUGUACGUUAACAGGUUUCACAAUGGGCAACGUUUCCAUGAUCAGAAAGUCACCUUAGAGGCAAAAAGGACUCGCACGAAGUACGCCUCCUGGCACUCAACAAAAUCCAUCCACAUUGGUAUCCACGUUAGGGCGUCGCUUUCUCUAUCUGGAAUCUUCCACCUCAACGCUGGCCUUGACCACAGCUACGAUCUAACGAGGGGUGAAAGUCACAUGGAAAAGGAAGAAGUGGAGUUCACAGUCAAAAAAGAGAUAACCAUUCCUCCUCGCACCACAGUUGAAGUAGAAUGGAUGACCACAGAACAUUAUCAGCGCUAUCCAUGGAAAUCGGACAUUCUAAUAGACGGCUGGUUCGUAACACAGUUCGAGAAACGGGUGCACAACCACCAUCUAUGGUUCCACCCCAUCGAUGUGAUCAAGGACGAUGACUUCGAACUGCAUGAUCCGUCGGGCCUGGUGUGCACCAUCGAAGGCGUCGCGGAUGGUGUCACUGUGAUCACGAAUGAACUGAAAGUUCGGGAGUACCCUCUCGAGGCGGGAAUCUCGGUGCCAGUAAACAUCACUACGCAGACACUGACAGGGAAUGACAUUGAGGUCAAGAUAGUCAACGUCACGUCACUUGGAUAGUAUUAAAAUUGCGAACUAACAGCCGUGUCGGCGACAUGCGCUCCAUAGCGUCAUGAGAAGUGGAAUUCAUCGUGGCACCAUACUUUACUUAGUCACAACCGUACGAAGCCAUUGAAUGCAUAGCGGGAAUCGCUGUCUUAGUUUUAUUAUAUGGGUAGGAAUUGCAAUAUAAAAAUACACUGAAGUGAACGAAAAGAACAAUUUGCCGUCAGUGAAAGCAAAACCCACAACCUACGCAUCACACUUGCGGUGCCAGUUAUGCUAUAAGGCGGCGAAUGCUCCCCGUGAAUAUGCAGAACAAUUAUCUUGGGCCUUUUUAGCAUGGCGGAGCGUUUAAAAUUAUUGCACGUUUCAACCAGGGACCGUUUUUUUUUUUUCAAGAGUGGAGGUGUAAAUAGAAACAUUAAGACAAGGGAAGGGAAAGGGGAAAGUGUUUUUAAUAAAAUAUGGUGAUUUUUGUCACAAGAAUGAAUAAAGAAACAAAGAAAUCAACAGAAA